AUAUAUCCCAAAUUAAAUAAAAUCCUCCCACGGAUCUGAUACGCGCCCUUCAAAACCCUAACCCACCAAACCCACACCCCUCUCUCUCUCUCACUCUCUCCCACUCCCUAAAUCUCCCUCCUUUCUACGAUUCAGACCCGAACUUCACCGAUUCCGACUACCCUUUUCGCAUUCGUCCCCAAAGUUCGAGUCUUUUUUCGACCCCCCAUGACCCAGAUUUGGCGGGUUCUGGAAGAGGGGUUGUUUUGAAAGUGGUGAAUUUUUUGAAUUGGGGGAGGUUUUUGGAGGUUAUGGCGAAUUGGGUCGAUUCCGGAAAAGGGUCGGUGCCCAGAUCGGAUUCCAAGGUUUUGGGGGAGAAGCGGGUUAGUGUUGAAUUGGGAGGUGAAGAUGAACUUGGGCCUAGAAAACGGAUUAAGAUGCGAGAUCUUGAAUCAGUGUGCCGCGCUGAAGGAAUUAGUAAGAAACAAUCCAGUGGUCAAUUUCAACUCAAUGAUGAAGAGAUGUCUGAAAUUACUGAGGUGCCUGUCACCUCUGAUUUGGAUGCUUCUCGAGCUGGAAAAGCUGUGAGAACUACAUUCCCAAUUGCGGUCAACCCUAUUCCCAAGUCACUGGAUCUCAACAAUGAUGCGUGCAUUGCCAAGAAUAAGGUUCAGAAUGGCAGUCAGCAAUGCUCUAAGAGUUCAGAAAAGACCACAUCGCCUAGGGAUCAAGUUACUGAGGUGCAUAAAAACUCUGAUUUGGAUUCUUCUCGAGUGGGAAAAUCUGUAAGAAACACAAUACCAGCUGCGGUCAACCCUAUUCCUAAGCCACUGAAUCUCAAUACUGAUGUGUGCAUUGCUGACAGUACAAUUCAGAAUGGCAGUCAGCAAUGUUCUAAAGAAAAGACCACAUCGCCUAGGGAUCAAGUGACUGAGGUGCGUAAAACCUCUGAUUUAGAUGCUUCUCGAGUGGGAACAUCUGCAAGAAGUACAAUUCCAGUUGUGGCCAACCCUAUUCCUAAGCCACUAGAUCUCAAUACUGAUGCAUGCAUUGGCAGCAGUAUGGUUCAAAAUGGCAGUCAGCAAUGCUCUCAGAGUUUAGAAAAGACCACAUUGCCUAGGGAUCAAGUUACUGAGGUGCCUAAAACCUCUGAUCUGUAUGCUUCUCAAGCAGGAACAUCUAUGAGAAGCACAAUUCCAGUUGUUGUCAGCCCUAUUCCAAGGCCACUAGAUCUUAAUACUGACUCGUGCAUUGCCAGCAAUACGGUUCAGAAUUGCAGUCAGCAAUGCUCUCAGAAUUUAGAAAAGUCCACCGUGCUUAGGGAUCAUGACAAAGAUUGCCAUUCUAAUCAUGGGAAUGGUAAAGGUGUUUCAAGCUCAGAAAACCAAGAUCCUUUUUAUCCUUAUAAAAAUCUCAAUUACUUAAAGUCAAGAGACGUCUCUGAAUGCGGGAGCAGCACUGGCCCAUUGGAAGAGAAAGAUCCAAUGACAGUGUGGAAGGAGAUGAAGCAAAAUGGUUUCCUCUCAUCUACUCAUGGAGGCAUAUCAAAGCCAAAGCAACCGGUAGCAAUUCCAACGCCAAAGCAGCAAUAUGGAGGCAUGCCAAUUUCAAAGCAACAUGGAAGCAUACCAAUGUCAAAGCAGCAUGGAGGCAUACCAAUGCCAAAGCCACGCCCCAAGAAAAAUAAAAGUGAAGAGCAGAAGAAAAAGGUGGAACGUGCAAAGAAGGAACAAGUGGAUAGGUUCGCGAAGAUUGCUGCUCCAAGUGGACUGCUGAAUGAACUGAACCCUGGGAUCAUCAACCAUGUUAGAAAUAGAAAGCAGGUUCAUUCUAUAAUAGAGGCUCUUGUAAGAUCUGAAAGACUUGAAGUUAGCCGUGUGGAAAACAAGCAGACAAUCCAUCAGCAGAGUGGAACUGUAGAAAACAGGCAGGAUCUGGAAAAUAUGAGGGAGAGUUGGCGUCCAAAUACUUUCUUCGAGGACAUGCAGGCACAAGGGUACACUAUACUGAUGAAUAAACCUUCGUUGGUUCAAGUGGACAACAGUAUAGAGGGUGGUGACCCAACCGCAAAAGAGAGCUUUGGUGGAAUAAGUUUUGCAUCACACUCCGCCCUUGUAAGUGAGGAAGAGACGCUUGCAUUGAAAUUGUCUUCAUCAAAUAUAGCACCUGAGGAGGAUACUCCUUUGUCAUCUAAAGAGGAAACAACAUCCUAUCUUUCUUUUAAAGCUGCUACUGUUGCUUCUCAGUGGUUGGAACUUAUUCAACAAGAUAUUCAAGGACGUCUUUCAGCACUGCAGCGCAGUAGGAAGAGAGUUCGAAAUGUAAUAAGUACAGAUUUGCCGUUAUUGCUGAAAAAAGAGUUUUCAUCUGAUAAGGAGAAUGACUCUUCUAUCACAAAAAGUUCUGUGGAUGGACUUUCCAGCCGUGCUUGUGCAGAGAUGCAUCGAGCAAGAUGGGGCCCACGGUUUGAUCAAAUGGAUAAAGCACUUUCAGAAGAAGAGGAUCAACUUGAAAGCUGGUUGAACCAAGUAAGAGAAAUGCAAGUUCACUGUAACAAGGGCCUGCAACUUAUCAAUUGGAGUUCUGGCAUUCAAGCAUUGGGUACAUCUGAAACUGAUACUAGAUCACAUAUGAUGGAUAGCUCUCAGAGGGAAGUGGCUGUUAGGGCUGCUGCAGCGUCGAUUUAUGCAACGUGCAACUUUAUUUUGUCGGCAAAUGCAUCGCCUUGUUGUUAACUACAAUUCCUUCCUUCAAUCUCUGUCUAAACCUUUCUGAGCAUCCAGGAAAUUACUGAUUAGCUCUAAAGGCUUGGCUCAGUGUUCGAGUCUGUAUUGUUACGGACUCUGUAACAAUGGACAUGAAGGUCGGUUACAAGAGUGGCAGAGUUAUUGAAUUAACAGGUGUUUAGGGUUAUUACUUUGUUUUUGGUCUGAGUAGAACAAUUAGUUGUAAAAUAUUUCGGUUUGUUGCUACUAAUGAUUUGUAGUUCCAUUUUCUCUCUUUCGUUUGUAACAUGUAAUAGCUUUGUUUAACAGCCAGUUGUAAGUCUUAUAUCAGAAGUGAUGGUCUAAUUUGGCGGA